AAAGUGUAGAUAUUUUAGGAGAAAAUUCAUUGUUUUUACUAAAAAUCCAGCAUCAUUAAUCAGUUUUAUAAUUAUAAAUAUAUAACUGUGAGGUUAAAUAGAAAGGUUUUAUAUCAUAUUUAAAAAAAUGGAUGAGGACGAAUGUGAUUACCGAACUCCUGUAGGAAAAGUAAUAAAGCACAUAAACUAUCUAUGUAAGAAACCUCCUUUUGAUAAUCAGCUAAACGAGGCCAUAGAUUUGUUUCAUGAAAAGUUAUCUGAACAAGAGAAAUACUUGGCAAAUGGUAUUUUCAAAAUAAACUUUGCUGAAUCGGCAUUAUUUCUACAAAGUUGUGCAGAGCUGUAUGGGAAGAAAAUUGAUUUGUUAUUUAAGGAACUUCUUGAAUUUCACACAAGGCUCAUCAGAUAUGACUGCGAACAUCAAAAAGAGAAGGGCAUUCCAAUAAAUAAGGAAGUAGUUGAAAAGCUUGAGGAGCGAAGAAACAAAUAUUUGAGAAAGAAGAAUUUCAAGUUAUUACAAGAGGAAAAUGAGGAGGCAUGUGUUGUAAAUCUUACCAGAAGUGAAAUCAACGAAAUUACUACUGAUUAUUUAAUAAAUGGAGAUGGGAGACUAUUUGAAACUGAAGACAGAAUUGUAUCAAAUCAAAUGGAGGAGGAAAAUAAGUCGGUACAGAUAUGGAGGGAUAUAGAAUUGGAAGUAAAAGAACAGUUAAAAAUUCCUUAUGCCGUUUAUAAGCAAAUGAUAAGAACAUAUAGAUUAAAAAACUAUCCUAUUCUCCGAUUUGCAGAUUUCGAUAUAUUGGAUCUCGAAGAUGGAGAAUUUAAUACUAAAUACAGCCGAGUACCUGGCUGGCAUCACAUCUUCCAUUUGAUCGAAUAUAAUGAUGAGGGAUUGUUACCGGAUAACAACAAUUUAAUAGCGAAGUUAAAGUUAACAGUGAACGGCAAAAUGAAGUUUUUGAGCAAUCGUAAAUUACCAUUCGAUACACCUUUCGAACAAUACAAAAAUGAUUACAUCGAAUACCGCAACCAGUUUUUCAAAGAAGAGGCUAAAAAAUGGCAGAACAUGCCUCUGAACACUUUCGAAGACUUCCGUAAACAACUAGAGUUACUUACUCACAUGUACGGCAAAAACAAGAUAGACAGAUCUUCCGUUAAAGACAGCAGCUCACAUAAAACUAACGAUAAAAUAGAAAUUCUGGACAAUUCGGAUGAAGAUAGUUUGUUCGAACUUACAUUCAGUUGCGACAAGGAAUUCACGAAAUCGGACCUGUUCGUACGGUUGGAAAAAUUAUCCGGUGACAUAAUCAACACAAAGUUGCGUCAAGACUCUGGAUAUUACGAUUGCAGUUCUGGAAGCGAAAGCGACAAUGUAGAGACCGUUAACGAGGAAAAUGCAGCAGGAAGUGAGAAUCAUUCUAGUGAUAAUGCCAACACAGAUAUUAAUACAGAUGGUACCGCUGCCGAUGCCGAUGUGAACAAAGACAAUAUAAGUGCUAACAGUGUUACUGAAGAUGAUAAUACUAAUUGCACAGACAAUGUUAUUCCCAUUAACAACAUUACUGCCGAUGGUAAUAGUAACUGCACUAACAAUAUUAAUCCCGCUAACAACGUUACUGUCACUGUUGAUAGUAAUGGCGCUGAUGGUGUUAAUCCCGCUGCGACCGCCGGUACAGCUGAUGACGAUAAUUUCGACACUAGAAGUAUUGUCAGUGAUCACGAUUAUUGUCUUACACCGCCAAUCGCAGAUGCUUUAAUUGGUCUUAGCACUGACCACGUUACAGAAAAGGGAGAUAUUGACAAGACAGUUGAGGGAGUUAUUAAGAAGCCUUCAGAGUUCACAAAAGUUCCUAAAGCUGUUAAAAGUGGAGAAUCCAGGAAGAAACAUCAAAUUAAUAAAGAACCUGAAAAUGACGAAUCCCCACCUAAAAGAAGAAAACUGUCCCAAAAACAGAUAGAGGUGUUACUGCGAAGUAAAAUUAAACCUACGAAAUUACUGAAGUUUGAAAAAUUUUUCUCAGAAAAUUAUCAAUCUGAAGAGGGAGAGGGCAAAGUCCCAAGCGUCGAAUACGAUUCUGACGCAGAAAAUAUAGACACCGUCCAUAACGGCGAUAAAAAUGAUUGCGAUGACCUCGAUGAUACUAGAUCCAUCAUUUCGGAUCAUUCAUAUUGUCAGCCUUUGCCUGAUGGUUCGCGUAACGAUUCUGGGUUUAUUGAGCCCAUAAGUUUACCUACGCAAAGUAAUGAAGAAACAGAUAAUCAGCCUAACGUUGAAGAAGAACUUUCAUUGGAAGAAGAAUUCGAGAGGUUGUCCACUUUGUUGCAAGAAAAUCAAAGUCUAAAUAGUGUUUCAGAGCAGCAGUCGUUACCUUCCGUACCUACCGAAAUAGAUAUCAUGGAAAAAGAGUGGGAAGAGGCUCAGGCAAGAGUCGAGGAAUGGCGUAACACAAUCAAUCCCAUCCUCAAAAAUCUGAAAGAACACGACUUUGAUAUACACGAGUACGGUUCUCGAAUAAUAGACGGAAUGGAGAUCAAUGAAAGUAAACUGUUCCGCAACGUCGUGCAGGGCAAGAGUUCGGCGGAAGUCGUGAGGUACUUUAUAUCCUCGUUGCAGUUGGCGAAUACCAACAACAUCGAGAUAUGUGGCGCCAAACGGGGAGAGCUGUCCAAUGACACCUACAGUGUAAAGUUGUUGAGUAAGGAUCGGUUCCACGAACAUCUAAAGGAUUAUACGGCUCCGUCGGAGGAUACCCUUGCGGAGAAAUUGGAGAGGGUGCGGGCGAUGAAUGCACAACAGGGUAAUUCUGGUCCAUCAAAAGCCAAACAGAUAAAGCUGUCAGACAAAUCGUCUAAAGGUAAAAUAUUUAAUAACAACACAAAGAACAAAAUAGUGGUGAAAGUCACCAAGUUGCCAUCUAACGCAGGAUUCCCACAAAGGGAACCUUCGGAAAUAUUACACAGCACAUAUCAACACAACAAAGAAAACUGCAGUUCGCUAUCACCAGUUUUUCCCGACAAUACAGUAAAAGGUAAAGGUAUAAUGAAGAGACAAGUGAACACUCAGCAUAUAUUAAAUUUCGAUAUAUCGGUACCUUCCACCUCCCGUCAUAAUCUUUGGUCUGAUAUCCCGUCUCAGUGUGAGGACCAAAUGCCAUCUACAUCGUCACAAAACUUUUCUCCUCGCAAUCCCGAUUUGUUCGAAGAGGACCAAAGACGGUGCCCUAGGGUAUACCCGUCCUCUCCGAAUAAAAGGAGACAAAGUGAUUCUUCAGAGGAAUCGUUCCUCGACAGGCUAAUAACCACGCAAAGGUUGAAUCCUGACAUUCAGGUACAUUCAACUCCUCAUGGGCCGACACCCGCGAAACAAGUGAAGAUUUCUUCAAGUUUGAAGAAAUCUUUUUUGUUUUAGUAAAUAGUUAUUUGUUUUUCGUUUAGUUGUUUAAGGAAAUUAUUUUGUCUCUUACUUUUAGUUUCAUCUUUUAUUUGCUUUCUUAAGGAGUUUUGGGAGUUCCAGUGACGAUUCUGUUUUCUUUUUUAUUUGACUUUGGUUUCUAAUUCUUUGCUUCUGUGAAGAUUAUAUUGGUUACAUUAACUAAAAAAGAAAAAAAAUAGUAAAAAUUGCAGGUCUUUUUUUCUAUCACAUGCUGUUGCUGUCGAAUAUUACCAGAGUAGUACUAAAAGAAUUAUUAGAAUUAAAAUUUAAUUUUGGUUUAUUUUUUUAGAAACACAUAAGUGAAAAAACAGGUAUUUUUUACAGUUGUCACUAAUAUUCCAAAACUUCCGUUAAACAUCCUGUACAUAAUAUAAUUUUAAAAAUUACUACUUUUUUUAAGAUGUACAGUUUUUACCAGUUUUGUAAAUUUUUUCUAUGUUUUCGAGAUCAGUAAACAACUUUUUUAGGGAUUAUAUGGAUUUACUUUUAUCUAUUUUUUUUUAAGUUUAUAAUUUCUUAACAUAAGUGUUUCGAUAUUUCGAAUCGAUUUAAGUUCAAAAAUAAUUUUAGUUUAAUUUAAUUAUAUGGGUGUUCAGAAACAGAAAGGCUGUACUUCAGAGACAUAUUUGAGUUAAAUUAAAACUGAUUUGUAGAUUGGGAUCUGUGUUUGAUGAAAAAUUUUGUUGUUCUAAAAAGUUACGAGCUUUAAAAAAAAAUUUGUGUACAUUUUUUCUAAAUUUCUUUGUUUUGGAGUAGCCAAAUAUGAAUAUAAACUUAUUUUUUUCACGAGAAACACCUUAAAUAGCACAGCUACACAAAAAAAAAGUCUGUACUUUUCAUGCUACAUAUGUUAUCCGUAGUAUUUUUGCCUCCUUAUCACG